CUCUCCAAUUGCCUUCAACUUUGCAGGGCAAUAAAUCAAUCCUGGUGGCUUGGCAACAUCAACCCAGUUACCUUUGCUCAGUGCUUCUCAAGAACCACUGAACAGACACCAACAAUAAAAAGAUAUGAGAUGGCGAAGAAGCUCUCUUUAUUGGAAAUCCUUCUGCUCGUCUUCAACCUACUUAUCCUGGCCGUAGAUAUCCUCUUGCUGCUGUUUCUGUUGAAUCCUCUAGGUACUUCACUUACCCCAGAGUGCCCAAACAACCUUCCUGAAUCAGACAGGAUAGAGUGUGUGCCUGGUGGCGUGGUGACAGAGGAAGUCUGCGUAGGGAUGUACAAGUGCUGCUGGGCGCCUGUGGCCAAUAUUAAUGUCCCCAGCUGCUUCUUCCCCACCAACUGGGGCUAUGAAGUCAGAAACAGACAGAAAAAUGUGAGCGCACAAUAUGUCGCCCAGUUGAAGAGGUUGCCGACCCCAUUAAUUUUUGGAAAUGACAGCAUCGACGCCCUCUUCACAGCUGAAAAUCAGACGGCCAGACGUUUCCAUUUUAAGAUCACGGAUGCCAAGAACAGACGCUAUGAAGUCCCCCAUGGAAACAUUAUGCCAUUUAAUGGGACUGCCGAGACUGACAAUAAGAGUUAUGACUGGCAGGUCAAUGAUAAACCUUUCAGCCUCAAAGUCGUGAGGAAAAGCAACAACAAAGUCUUGUUGGACAGCAGCAUCGGGCCCCUCCUGUUCACCAACCAGUACCUGCAGCUGUCCUUCCGACUGCCCAACGUCAGCGUGUACGGGCUGGGAGAACACGUGCACGGGCAGUACCGCCACAGCAUGGCCUGGAAGACCUGGCCCAUAUUCACCCGGGACACCCCUCCGGUCAAGGGUAUGAGCAAUUUGUAUGGUGCACACACAUUCCUCCUGUGCCUUGAAGACACCAGUGGGUCCUCCUUCGGGAUUUUUCUGAUGAACAGCAAUGCUAUGGAGGUCACCCUUCAGCCUGCUCCUGCAAUCACUUACCGCACAAUUGGGGGCAUUCUUGACUUUUAUGUAUUCCUGGGGAAUACUCCAGAACAAGUGGUUCAGGAAUACUUGGAGCUUGUUGGACGACCGUUCCUGCCUCCGUACUGGAGCCUUGGGUUCCAGCUUGGUCGCAGGGCCUAUGGUGACAUCAACAAAUUGAAAACUGUUGUUAGCAGGACUCGUAACGCCAGUGUCCCCUAUGAUGUCCAGUACUUUGACAUAGACUACAUGGAGGCAAACAAGGAUUUCACUGUUGAUGAGACGGCUUACCCUAAUCUCUCCAGUUAUGUAGAGGAGCUACAUCAAAAGGGACUGAAAUCUGUCAUGAUUGUGACUCCUGGCAUCUUCAGUGAUAUUAGUUACCAGCCCUACAGAGAUGGAACUGAAAAGAGAAUAUGGAUCAUAGACAACUCUGGCUUUGUCCUCGGGAAGGGAUACCCUGGACCGACAGUUUUUCCUGAUUAUAGUGAUCCAAUUUGUACUCAGUGGUGGGAAGACCAGCUCAAUGAAUUUUAUAAAAAUCUGACGUUUGAUGGAGUGUGGAUUGAAAGGGAUGAUUUAUUCAGCCUUCCCUUGAAUUCUAGUUACACGUGUGAAAACAACCCUUUGAACACCCCUCCCUUCACGCCUCGGGUAGUGGACAGAAUACUCUUUGAAAAAACCCUCUGCAUGGACACUGAGCUGAAAUUGAGCUUUCACUAUGACCUCCACAGUGUGUAUGGCUACCUGAUGGCAAUCGCUACAGACUCGGCCCUGAAGAAUAUAUUCCACAAAAAUAGACACUUCAUUUUAUCCCGUUCUACUUUUGCUGGAUCUGGCAAAUAUGUUGCUCAUUGGCUGGGAGACAAUGCGGCCACAUGGGAUGAUCUCCAGUGGUCCAUCCCCAGCAUCCUUGAGUUCAACCUAUUUGGCAUCCCAUUGGUAGGUGCCAACAUCUGUGGUUACACACAUGAUGUCACAGAGGAACUCUGCACAAGGUGGAUGCAGCUCGGAGCCUUUUAUCCACUGUCCAGAAAUUACAAUGGGCCUGACUUCAGGGACCAGGAUCCCGCUGCCUUUGGUAACAGCUCCCUGCUGCUGAAUUCCUCCAAGCACUACCUGCACAUCCGCUACAGACUGCUGCCCUACCUCUACACCCUCUUCUACCGGGCUCACACCCGGGGGGACACAGUAGCGAGGCCCCUCGUCCACGAGUUCUACCAGGACCCGGCUACGUGGGACGUGUACAAGCAGUUCCUAUGGGGGCCCGGACUCCUCAUCACACCUGUUUUACAAAAAGACGCGGUCCAGGUGGAGGCUUACAUACCAGAUGCCACCUGGUACGACUAUGAGACGAACGAAUCCAUCCCGUGGAGGAAGCAGUCGGUGAAGCUGCAUCUCCCAGAGGAUAAGAUGGGCCUUCAUCUCCGAGGGGGCUACAUCUUUCCCAUCCAGGAGCCGAGUGUCACCACCAACGCCAGUCGGAAGAAUUCCCUGGGGCUCAUUGUUGCCUUGGACUACAAGAGAGAAGCAAAGGGAGAGCUGUUCUGGGACGAUGGAGUGUCUGCAGAUGCUGUGGCUAAAAAGAAUUACAUUCUGUACGAGUUUUCUGUCUCCUCUAACCGCCUACAAGCAACUAUUAUUAACAAUAAUUAUUCGGAUCCUCACAACCUCACGUUCACAGACAUCAUAAUCUUAGGAAUGGACAAGGAACCUGCUAAUGUUACUGUCAUGCAUGCUAAUAACAACUCUCCCAAACUGACCGUCGUCUAUAAUGCUUCAGCCAAGGUGGUGAACUUCAAGAUUGUCAGGGGUCUGGACCUGGGGCAAGAAUUUUCCAUUUCCUGGUCUCUUCCGGUCAAGGACACGGAGAAGUUCAACUGCUUCCCGGAGGACCCAGCUGUCUCCAAGGAGAGCUGCGAGCUGCGUGGCUGCCUCUGGGAGCCCACCACUGUUGCUGGUGUGCCCCCCUGUUUCCACGACACCAUCCCCAGUUACAUGGCCAGUAACAUUCAGUACCAGCCAGCGGGCAUCAGCAUGCAACUCACCCACCUGGCACCCCCCACAUCAGCAAGAGCAGCGACUCCACCUCGAUCGUCCCGGAGUGUGCCACCGGGCGCAGCAGCAGCAGCAGAGGCCACCUCUGAUCCUUUCUCUGCAAAGAUCCGCUUACUCAACGUGAGCGUGAUCUACCACACAGAAAACAUGCUGCAAUUCAAGAUCUAUGACUCUAGUUAUAAAAGAUACGAAGUCCCGGUGCCGCUGAACAUCCCUCCCUCUCCCGUUGGCUCCCCUGAAAACCGCCUGUACGAUGUCAGCAUUCAGAACAAUCCUUUUGGGAUCCAGAUUCGACGAAAAAGCUCCAACACUGUGAUUUGGGACUCUCAGCUCCCUGGCUUCACCUUCAAUGACAUGUUCCUUUCCAUUUCCACUCGCCUCCCCUCUCCCUACAUCUACGGUUUGGGGGAAAAUGAGCAUGAAACUUUCAAAAGAGACGUGAACUGGCACACGUGGGGAAUGUUUGCUCGUCAUGAGUCAUCAGCGAAGAACUCCUAUGGUGUCCACCCCUACUACAUGGCACUGGAGAAGGAUGGCAAUGCCCAUGGGGUGCUCCUGCUGAACAGCAACGCCAUGGAUGUGACACUCCAGCCCCUCCCUGCGCUGACAUACCGGACCACGGGAGGGAUUCUAGACUUUUAUAUGGUUUUGGGGCCAACUCCAGAGCUUGUAACUCAGCAGUACACCGAGUUGAUUGGUCGACCAGCAAUGAUUCCAUAUUGGGCCUUGGGAUUCCAGCUGAGCCACUAUGGAUACCAGAAUGAUACUGGAAUCUCCAAUUUAUAUCGUGCAACAAUUGCAGCCAAUAUUCCCCAUGAUGUCCAGCAUAUAAACAUGGAUUACAGGGACCGGAAGCUAGACUUCACCCUCAGCCCCAGCUUUCAAAGCCUCAGUUUCCUGAUUGACGGCAUGAAGAAAAAUGGCACGAAAUUUAUUCUUGUUCUGGACCCAGCCAUUUCUGGCAACGAGACUGCAUAUCCUACAUUCACAAGAGGGCAGGAAAAUGAUGUGUUCAUCAAAUGGCCCAAGAGCAAUGACAUUGUCUGGGGAAAGGUUGGGCCAGUCCUGCCCGGUGUGACUGUGGAUGACUCCCUUGACCAUGAAACUCAGGUCAAGCUCUACAGAGCCCACGUGGCUUUCCCUGACUUCUUGCGUAAAAGCACAGCCGCAUGGUGGAAGAAGGAAAUAGAAGAGCUCUAUAAAAACCCUGGAAAGCCAGAGAAGAGCUUGAAGUUUGAUGGCCUGUGGAUUGAUAUGAAUGAACCAACGAACUAUGUGAAUGGAUCUGUUGGGGGCUGCAGAGAUGAAGUGCUUAAUAAGCCACCCUACAUGCCACUUUUGGAAUCCAGGGACAGGGGUCUGAGCAGCCAGACCCUGUGUAUGGAGAGUGAGCAGGUGCUGCCAGAUGGCUCCCAGGUGCGACACUAUGACGUGCACAGCCUGUACGGGUGGUCCCAGACCAGACCCACAUACGAAGCCGUGCAGGAGGUGACAGGACAGCGAGGAAUCAUCAUCACCCGUUCCACAUUCCCCUCUUCUGGCCGUUGGGGAGGUCACUGGCUGGGUGACAGCAGGGCCAGGUGGGACCAGAUGAGAAAAUCAAUCAUUGGCAUGAUGGAGUUCAGUCUCUUUGGAAUACCUUAUACAGGAGCAGAUAUGUGUGGCCUCUUUGGAGAUGCUGAUAAUGAGAUGUGUGUUCGCUGGAUCCAAUUGGGGGCCUUUUACCCACUUUCUAGGAGCCACAUCACCAUUGGGACAAAGAGCCAACAUCCUGUGGCCUGGAAUUCAACCUUGGAGACAUACUUAAAGGGCAUCAUCAGGAUCAGAUAUAUCAUGUUGCCUUAUUUCUACACACUGAUGCACAAGGCUCACGUAGAGGGCAGCACUGUCAUCCGGCCCCUUCUCCACGAGUUUACAAAUGACAACACAACUUGGGACAUAGACCGUCAAUUCAUGCUGGGUCCUGCCAUCUUAAUCAGCCCCGUGCUGGAACAUAACACUUUUGAGGUUAACGCUUAUUUCCCCAGAGCCCGUUGGUAUGACUUAUUCAGGGAGGAGAUAGUUGAGUCGAGAGGUGAAUGGAAGAAUCUGUCCACGCCCCUUGAGCUCAUCAACCUUCACAUCAGAGGAGGCCACAUCCUGCCUUUGCAAGUCUCUGGGAUAAACACUCAUGCCAGUCGACAAAACUUUAUGGGAUUGGUUGUUGCUUUGGAUGAGAAUGAAACCGCGCAAGGUCAGAUGUUCUGGGAUGAUGGAGAAAGCAUCGAUACCUAUGAGAAUGGAAAGUAUUUCUUGGCAAACUUUACAGCAUUUAAGAACGUAUUGCAAAUCCACACUGUACAUAAUAAGUAUUUGAAUGAAUCAAACUCACUGAAUGUUAGAGAUAUUUUAAUCUGGGGGAUAAAUUCUACUUCUGUGACACAAGUCAGAGUCACCUAUAACAAUCAGCAAUUCAUGGAGACAAAUUUCUGCAGUGACCCUAACAAUCAGACACUAUCAAUUGAAUUGACCGGCAAGAAUAUCAGUCUAGAAAAGUUAACUGAGAUUACAUGGUUGUUCGGUGGUUCUACAGUUCCUGCCACACCUACAAGUACCUACUCAACAACUGGUGGUCCUUCCCCAACAACUACUAUAGAAUUCACACUUAGUACUGUUAUUCCUAAUGCCACUACAAAUGCUACUAUGCCUUUUACAACAAGUACUGCCACAACAACUCCUUUCCCAACAAUCGGUCCUAUCCCAACAACUACUACCGAAGCUACAACUACUUCCACUUGCCUCUACAAACACUCCUACACCUUUUUCAACAAGUACUGCCACAACAACUCCUUUCUCAACAAUCGGUCCUGUCCAAUAACUACUACCGAAGCUACAACUACUUCCACUGUUCCUAGUGCCUCUACAAAUGCUACUACACCUUUUUUAAUAAGUACUGCCACAACAACUCCUUUCCCAACAAUCGGUACUUUCUCAACAAUUACUACUACCAAAGCUACAACUACUUCCACUGUUCCUAAUGCCUCUACAAACACUCCUACACCUUUUUCAACAAGUAAUGCCACAACAACUCCGUUCUCAACAAUUGGUCCUGUCCCAAUAACUACUACUGAAGCUACAACUACUUCCACUGUUCCUAGUGCCUCUACAAAUGUUACUACACCUUUUUUAAUAAGUACUGCCACAACAACUCCUUUCCCAACAAUCAGUACUUUCUCAACAAUUACUACUACCAAAGCUACAACAACUUCCACUGUUCCUAAUGCCUCUACAAACACUCCUACACCUUUUUCAACAAGUACUGCCACAACAACUCCUUUCUCAACAAUCGGUCCUGUCCCAAUAACUACUACUGAAGCUACAACUACUUCCACUGUUCCUAGUGCCUCUACAAAUGCUACUACACCUUUUUUAAUAAGUACUGCCACAACAACUCCUUUCCCAACAAUCGGUACUUUCUCAACAAUUACUACUACCAAAGCUACAACUACUUCCACUGUUCCUAGUGCCUCUACAAACACUCCUACACCUUUUUUAACAAGUACUGCCACAACUCAUUUCCCAGCACUAAAUCCUAUCCCAGCAACUACUACCGAAGCUACAACUACUUCCACUGUUCCUAGUGCCUCUACAAAUACUACUACACCUUUUUUAACAAGUACUGCCACAACUCCUUUGCCAACAAUUGGUCCUAUCCCAACAACUACUACCGAAGCUACAACUACUUCCACUGUUCCUAGUGCCUCUACAAACACUACUACACCUUUUUUAACAAGUACUGCCACAACUCCUUUUCCAACAAUCGGUCCUAUCCCAACAACUACUACCGAAGCUACAACUACUUCCACUGUUCCUAGUGCCUCUACAAAUACUACUACACCUUUUUUAAAAAGUACUGCCACAACUCCUUUGCCAACAAUCGGUCCUAUCCCAACAACUACUACCGAAGCUACAACUACUUCCACUGUUCCUAGUGUCUCUACAAACACUACUACACCCUUUUCAACAAGUACUGCCACAACUCAUUUCCCAGCACUAAAUCCUAUCCCAGCAACUACUACCGAAGCUACAACUACUUCCACUGUUCCUAGUGCCUCUACAAAUACUACUACACCUUUUUUAACAAGUACUGCCACAACUCCUUUGCCAACAAUUGGUCCUAUCCCAACAACUACUACUGAAGCUACAACUACUUCCACUGUUCCUAGUGCCUCUACAAACACUACUACACCUUUUUUAACAAGUACUGCCACAACUCCUUUGCCAACAAUCGGUCCUAUCCCAACAACUACUACUGAAGCUACUAACUACUACUACACUUUUUUAAAAAGUACUGCCACAACUCCUUUGCCAACAAUCGGUCCUAUCCCAACAACUACUACCGAAGCUACAACUACUUCCACUGUUCCUAGUGUCUCUACAAACACUACUACACCCUUUUCAACAAGUACUGCCACAACUCAUUUCCCAGCACUAAAUCCUAUCCCAGCAACUACUACCGAAGCUACAACUACUUCCACUGUUCCUAGUGCCUCUACAAACACUACUACACCUUUUUUAACAAGUACUGCCACAACUCCUUUGCCAACAUUCGGUCCUAUCCCAACAACUACUACCGAAGCUACAACUACUUCCACUGUUCCUAGUGCCUCUACAAAUACUACUACACCUUUUUUAAAAAGUACUGCCACAACUCCUUUGCCAACAAUCGGUCCUAUCCCAACAACUACUACCGAAGCUACAACUACUUCCACUGUUCCUAGUGUCUCUACAAACACUACUACACCCUUUUCAACAAGUACUGCCACAACUCAUUUCCCAGCACUAAAUCCUAUCCCAGCAACUACUACCGAAGCUACAACUACUUCCACUGUUCCUAGUGCCUCUACAAAUACUACUACACCUUUUUUAACAAGUACUGCCACAACUCCUUUGCCAACAAUUGGUCCUAUCCCAACAACUACUACCGAAGCUACAACUACUUCCACUGUUCCUAGUGCCUCUACAAACACUACUACACCUUUUUUAACAAGUACUGCCACAACUCCUUUGCCAACAAUCGGUCCUAUCCCAACAACUACUACCGAAGCUACAACUACUUCCACUGUUCCUAGUGCCUCUACAAAUACUACUACACCUUUUUUAAAAAGUACUGCCACAACUCCUUUGCCAACAAUCGGUCCUAUCCCAACAACUACUACCGAAGCUACAACUACUUCCACUGUUCCUAGUGUCUCUACAAACACUACUACACCCUUUUCAACAAGUACUGCCACAACUCAUUUCCCAGCACUAAAUCCUAUCCCAGCAACUACUACCGAAGCUACAACUACUUCCACUGUUCCUAAUGCCUCUACAAACACUACUAUACCUUUUUUAACAAGUACUGCCACAACUCCUUUGCCAACAAUUGGUCCUAUCCCAACAACUACUACCGAAGCUACAACUACUUCCACUGUUCCUAGUGCCUCUACAAACACUACUAUACCUUUUUUAACAAGUACUGCCACAACUCCUUUGCCAACAAUUGGUCCUAUCCCAACAACUACUACCAAAGCUACAACUACUUCCACUGUUCCUAGUGCCUCUACAAACACUACUACACCCUUUUCAACAAGUACUGCCACAACUCAUUUCCCAGCACUAAAUCCUAUCCCAGCAACUACUACCGAAGCUACAACUACUUCCACUGUUCCUAGUGCCUCUACAAACACUACUACACCUUUUUUAACAAGUACUGCCACAACUCCUUUGCCAACAUUCGGUCCUAUCCCAACAACUACUACCGAAGCUACAACUACUUCCACUGUUCCUAGUGCCUCUACAAAUACUACUACACCUUUUUUAAAAAGUACUGCCACAACUCCUUUGCCAACAAUCGGUCCUAUCCCAACAACUACUACCGAAGCUACAACUACUUCCACUGUUCCUAGUGUCUCUACAAACACUACUACACCCUUUUCAACAAGUACUGCCACAACUCAUUUCCCAGCACUAAAUCCUAUCCCAGCAACUACUACCGAAGCUACAACUACUUCCACUGUUCCUAGUGCCUCUACAAAUACUACUACACCUUUUUUAACAAGUACUGCCACAACUCCUUUGCCAACAAUUGGUCCUAUCCCAACAACUACUACCGAAGCUACAACUACUUCCACUGUUCCUAAUGCCUCUACAAACACUACUAUACCUUUUUUAACAAGUACUGCCACAACUCCUUUGCCAACAAUUGGUCCUAUCCCAACAACUACUACCGAAGCUACAACUACUUCCACUGUUCCUAGUGCCUCUACAAACACUACUACACCUUUUUUAACAAGUACUGCCACAACUCCUUUGCCAACAAUCGGUCCUAUCCCAACAACUACUACCGAAGCUACAACUACUUCCACUGUUCCUAGUGUCUCUACAAACACUACUACACCCUUUUCAACAAGUACUGCCACAACUCAUUUCCCAGCACUAAAUCCUAUCCCAGCAACUACUACCGAAGCUACAACUACUUCCACUGUUCCUAAUGCCUCUACAAACACUACUAUACCUUUUUUAACAAGUACUGCCACAACUCCUUUGCCAACAAUUGGUCCUAUCCCAACAACUACUACCGAAGCUACAACUACUUCCACUGUUCCUAGUGCCUCUACAAACACUACUACACCUUUUUUAACAAGUACUGCCACAACUCCUUUGCCAACAAUCAGUCCUAUCCCAACAACUACUACCAAAGCUACAACUACUUCCACUGUUCCUAGUGCCUCUACAUACACUACUACACCUUUUUUAACAAGUACUGCCACAACUCCUUUGCCAACAAUUGGUCCUAUCCCAACAACUACUACCGAAGCUACAACUACUUCCACUGUUCCUAGUGCCUCUACAAACACUACUACACCUUUUUUAACAAGUACUGCCACAACUCCUUUUCCAACAAUCGGUCCUAUCCCAACAACUACUACCAAAGCUACAACUACUUCCACUGUUCCUAGUGCCUCCACAAAAACUACUACACCUUUUUUAACAAGUACUGCCACAACUCCUUUGCCAACAAUCGGUCCUAUCCCAACAACUACUACCAAAGCUACAACUACUUCCACUGUUCCUACUGCCUCUACAUACACUACUACACCUUUUUCAACAAGUACUGCCACAACAACUCCUUUCCCAACAAUUGGUCCUAUCCCAACAACUACUACCGAAGCUACAACUACUUUCACUGUUCCUAGUGCCUCUACAAACACUCCUACACCUUUUUCAACAAGUACUGCCACAACAACUCCUUUUCCAACAAUCGGUCCUAUCCCAACAACUACUACCAAAGCUACAACUACUUCCACUGUUCCUAGUACCUCUACAAGCACUACUACACCUUUUUCAAAAAGUACUGCCACAACAACUCCUUUCUCAACAAUCCGUACUUUCUCAACAACUACUACAGAAACUCUACCUACUUCCACUGUUCCUAGUGCCUCCUCAUGUUACUAUGCCUUUUUCAACAAGUACUUCCACAACUACUCCUUUCUCAACAAUCGGCAGUACCACAACAAGUACUGCCACAACUACUCCUUUCCCAACAAUCAGUCCUAUCCCAACAACUGCUACAGGCCUCCCAGCACGCACUGGAGGCGCGUGGGCACCGGCUUCGUGGGGACCGUGGAGCUGGGCACCUGUUCAUGCAAAUUCUCCUUCUUACCUACUGAGCUCGUCAAACUGCAGGGGACGGCUGAGGGGGUCGGCAGCUACCGGGCGCACCUGAGCGGCACCUGGGUGUCAUCCAACAUGGGGAACUGGAGAUGGGUGUCCACGUCUGCACCCACGCUGCCCCACAGCAAUCAGGAAGGGGAUGCCAAGCUUGCUGGGGGAGACCCCUCUUCGUCCCACCAACAAGCCCACAGGAAACAGGAAGGUGCUUUGAACCUCAACGCCGCUGCGAACCUGGUGGAGCAGAGGCCCCGGUGGGUCUUGGUACCUCGCAUGCAGGCCAAGACCCUGCACUGCACCCUGAAGGAUAGCCUGUACCCCUGGAUGAGCUGGUACCAACAGGAUCUCCAGGGGCAACUGGAGCUGCUGGCCGCCCUCCGGAGUGAUGGGGACGAGAAGGUCACUACCCUCCCUGGGGCGGACUACAGGGUCAAGCGGGUCAGCAGCACUGAACUGGAGCUGCGCGUGGCCAACGUGACCCAGAGCAGGACCCUCCUGGAGGGAUGCAGGGCCCGAGGCUCUGGGGCAGGCAACUCGCCAGCACCCAAGGGUGCGGGAGGCGCAUGGGGCAGAGAGAAGUCGUGCCGAGACCCUGGGGAGCCCGGGCCCGGGCAGGUGCUCCUGGCGCGGGGCGCUCUGCUCCUACCUCCGAUCCUCUGGACGCCACAGGGCAGGCCGAAGGAGCAGGUGGCCGGGGUGCAAAGUGGGGGGGAGCCCGUGAGAAGGCGGUUCAAGGGCACCUCAGCCAAGGGGGUGCGAGCUGGGUGCAUGUGGGGAGGGGAGUUUUUUCCACCAGGGGGCGCCAUCGGCCCACGGUUCUGGAGCUGCACCGUGGGCGUUGGGGAGACCCAACCCCCUCACGGGGCUCCCGUGUUUACUGAGACGCAGCCCCCCUUGUGA